CCAAGACCAGGUCACAGAGACGCCUUGUCUCUAGAGGCCCCUGAAUAGGUGCUCCCUGGGCAGGACGUGGUGCGGCUCCUGGAAAGCGCAGGCACUCACGGCCAUCUGGAGCAUGGCGCCCCCGCGGAACGUGGUGAAGAUUGCUGUCCAGAUGCGUGACGCCAUCCCGCAGCUCAUCCAGUUGGACCAGGCAAAGCCCCUGGCCGCUGUGUUGAAGGAGGUGUGCGACGCGUGGAGCCUGACUCACUCCCAGCGCUAUGCCCUGCAGUUUGCUGACGGGCACAAGAGAUAUAUCACCGAGAAUAACCGUGGGGAGAUCAAGAAUGGCAGUAUCCUGUGUCUCAGCACUGCCCCAGACCUUGAAGCUGAGCGGCUGUUGGGUGGGCUGCAGAGUGCAAGUCAUGAAGGUCGCCGGGAAGCCCUGAAGCAUCUCGUCCUGUUGGCCUCAGACAUGACUUUUGCCCAGGAGGUCAUCAGCCGUGAUGGGCUUCAGAGACUGGGCACAAUCAUUGAGGACGGGGACGACCUAGGGGAGGUGCUCGCCCUUGGGCUGAGGGCCUUCUUGGAGCUCAUGGAGCAUGGCGUGGUAUCCUGGGAGACACUCAGCAUCCCCUUUGUCAGGAAGGUGGUGUGCUAUGUGAACAUGAACCUGAUGGAUGCCUCUGUGCAGCCUCUGGCCCUCCGGCUGCUGGAGAGUGUGACUUUAAGCAGCCCUGCCCUAGGCCAGCUGGUCAAGAGUGAAGUGCCACUGGAUAGGCUGCUGGUGCAUCUGCAGGUGAUGAACCAGCAGCUACAAACCAAGGCUAUGGCAUUACUGACAGCCUUGCUGCAGGGGGCCAGCCAUGCUGAACGUAAGCAAAUGCUGGAUUACCUAUGGCAAAGGAACCUUCGUCAGUUCAUCUACAAGAAUAUCAUCCAUAGUGCAGCACCACUGGGUGAUGAGAUGGCCCAUCAUCUGUAUGUGCUGCAGGCCCUUACACUGGGGCUUUUGGAGCCACGUAUGCGGACACCAAUUGACCCCUACAGCCAGGAACAGCGAGACCAGCUCCAAGCCCUACGCCAGGCUGCAUUUGAGUCAGAAGGAGAGUCCUUGGGCACUGGAAUGAGUGCUGACCGUCGCCGUUCCCUCUGUGCUCGAGAGUUCCGCAAACUGGGCUUCUCUAACAGCAACCCAGCACAGGACCUGGAGCGUGUGCCCCCCGGCCUGCUGGCCCUUGACAACAUGCUCUUCUUCUCCAGACAAGCGCCCAGUGCAUACAGCCGGUUUGUAUUAGAGAACAGCAGUCGGGAAGACAAGCAUGAGUGCCCCUUUGCCCGGAGCAGCAUCCAGCUGACUUUACUCUUGUGUGAGCUGCUCCAUGUUGGGGAACCUUGCUCUGAGACAGCCCAGGACUUCUCACCCAUGUUCUUCAGCCAAGACCAGAGCUUCCAUGAGCUCUUCUGUGUGGCCAUCCAGCUGUUGAAUAAGACCUGGAAGGAGAUGCGGGCCACACAGGAGGAUUUUGACAAGGUCAUGCAGGUGGUACGGGAGCAGCUGGCCCGAACCCUGGCCCUGAAGCCCACCUCCCUGGAGCUGUUCCGUACCAAGGUGAAUGCACUUACCUAUGCUGAGGUGCUUCGGCUGCGGCAGACAGAGCGGCUACACCAGGAAGGCACACUGGCUCCUCCCAUAUUGGAGCUGCGGGAGAAGCUAAAGCCAGAGCUCCUGGGCCUAAUCCGCCAACAGCGUUUGCUCCGCCUCAGUGAAGGGACACUUUUCCACAAGAUCAGCAGCCGAAGACGCCAGGACAAGCUGUGGUUCUGCUGCUUGUCCCCCAACCACAAGGUGCUUCAGUAUGGUGAUGUAGAGGAAGGCACUGGCGCACCCACCCCAGAGAACUUGCCUGAGCAGCUCCCUGUGGCCGACAUCAGGGCACUCCUGACGGGGAAGGACUGCCCCCAUGUCCGGGAGAAGGGCUCUGGGAAGCAGAACAAGGACCUCUAUGAGUUGGCUUUCUCCAUCAGCUAUGACCGUGGUGAGGAAGAGGCAUACCUCAACUUCAUUGCCCCCUCCAAACGAGAUUUCCACCUAUGGACAGAUGGGCUGAGUGCCCUGCUGGGUAGCCCCAUGGGCAGCGAGCAGACCCGGCUGGAUCUAGAGCAGCUGCUGACCAUGGAGACCAAGCUGCAGCUGUUGGACCUGGAAAAUGUGCCCAUCCCUGACCAGCCACCACCUGUGCCCCCACCACCCACCAACUUCAACUUCUGCUAUGAUUGCACCAUUGCUGAACCUUGACUGUGAGGUUAGCCAAGGUUAACUACAGCUGCUGCUGCUGCUGCUACAGUUACAACAGCUGCAAAAGGUGGAAGAUAGAGAAGCACAGGCACCCUGAAUAGCAAAGGAUGCAGCAGAAAUAAAGUCUGCUUGGCUCUUUA